AACGAAAUUUAAAGCGACUUUUCAUUACAACUCAAGUGUAGUAAAAACAAAAAAAAAAAUAUUAAAUCAAAAAAUAUCAAAAACUGUGUCUUUGUGUUUCGAAAUUUGUAUCUUCAUCCGAGAUAGAUUUGGCCGAAAAGGACUGUUUUUUGUUGUCAAAAAAGUAGAUUAAAAGUGCUUAUACUUUAUUUAAUUGUUUUGAAUUUCAUAGUCAAGAGUAAAGUAAAGAUUUUUCAAAUAUAAUUUGUUUACGAAAGAAAGCUAAACAAACAAGUGGAAAAAUUUUGCAGUUCUUUGCACGGAAGCAAACGAAAGCCAGUUUUUAAAUUAAAGUUAUACUUUUCUUACGCAAACCCUGCAACAAAGUAACGCAAAAUAGACUUUUAAAGCAUGGGCGCAGGCGUAGAACAACGACCCUGGACUCCGACAGUACGCAAAGGUAAAAUUAGUGCUGAAGCAACAAGUCCCGGGCCAGCUUGUGUUCAAUUACCAACAUUAGUCGGUAGCAAAAUAACCGUUGAUUCUAAAAAGGCAGGUGCACCAUCUUUUAAAUUUGGUUUUCGACAUCUACAAAAAUUCGAAACAGUUGGACCAGGCCCUGCACAAUAUAAUGUUGCCGGUUUAAGUGCUAAGGGUAAGGAUACAGCACCAGCUGCUUGGAUGCCGGGUCGUUAUGAGAGCAAACAAAAAUUUCAUACACCCGCACCAGGCGAAUAUAAUGUCGAUCACGCUUCAAAGGCAAUCACCAACUCAACUCCCAAAUAUACAUUUGGUCAUCGACACACAACGACUAAGGAGAAUCAAACACCAGCCCCGAAUCAAUAUCGUGUUGUGCCGCUCGAUCUAAUAAAACCGCGCUCACCACAAUAUUCCUUUCGUAUUAAAGUUAACGUUUAUAUUGUUAACAGUCCAGCGCCAAAUAGUUAUUGCCCUGAGAAGGUCUCACUAGCUAAAAAGACUUCACCGCGCUACACAUUUGGUAGACGAACUAAAAUUCACUACGAAAAGGGAACACCAGCACCAGGUGCUUACUGUCCCGAAAAGGUCAAAUUGGAUAAAACUCCUGAAUACAGCUUCGGCAUAAAGCAUCAUGAACUUAAAACAGAUGAUACACCAGCACCGGGAUCAUAUAGGCCCGAAAAUGUUAUAAUUGAACACACGCCGGCUUAUAGUUUUGGCUUAAAAACGCAGCAUUUGACUAUUAGCGAUACUCCAGCUCCUGGCACAUAUAAACCAGAAGCUGUACGCUUGGAUCACACACCAGCAUUUUCAAUGGCCGGCAAAAUUACUUACGAUGUUGUCGAUGCGACACCAGCUCCUGGCGCAUAUCAACCUGAGAAGUGCAAUUUGGAUAAAACUCCCGCAUAUAGUUUUGGCCAGCGUGUUAUUCUAUCCAAAGGAUUUGAUACACCUGCUCCUGGCGCAUAUGAGCCAGAAAAGUGUAAACUCGAUCAUACGCCUGCUUAUUCAAUUAGUGGUCGUUAUGUUGAGUACAAAACUAGUGAAACUCCUGCACCUGGAGCGUAUGCGCCAGAAAAAGUGAAACUUGAUCACACACCUGCUUAUACGUUUGCUGGUCGCCAUGAGUUAAGGCAAGCAUCAGAUACACCGGCGCCUGGAGCUUAUUGUCCCGAAAAAGUUCGCUUAGAUCACACACCGGCGUAUAGUAUAGCUGGUAAACAUGAGUUAGCGAAACCAAAUGACACCCCUGCACCAGGUUUUUAUGCACCUGAAAAAUGUAAUCUUAAUACCAUGCCAGCGUUUACAAUAGUUGGCAGACAUAGUGUACAGAGUAUUAACGAAACGCCAGCUCCAGGUGCUUACGCUCCCGAAAAAGUGAAACUAGAUAAUACUCCUGCUUAUAGUUUUGGUGUUCGUCAUGAAAUAAGUCAGACUAUUAACACGCCUGCACCAGGUGACUAUUAUCCAGAAAAAGUCCGACUCGACUAUACACCUUCAUAUACUAUGGCUGGUAAGCAUGAGACCAAAAUUUUAAGUGAUACCCCUGCACCUAGCGCUUACGCACCGGAAAAUUGCAAAUUAGAUCACACUCCUGCUUUCACAAUUGCUGGUCGCCAUGAAACACUAAAAGUUACUGACACACCAGCCCCUGGUACCUACUGUCCAGAAAAGGUGCGAUUAGACCACACACCCUCUUACACGAUGGCUGGAAAAUACAAUAUUAAGCCAAGCAGUGAUACUCCUGCUCCAGGUGCUUAUUGCCCAGAAAAAGUAAGAUUGGAUCACACACCAGCAUACACAAUGGCUAGUAGACAAGAACCAAAAUUUAUCAACGUUACACCAGCACCGGGUGACUAUAGCCCGGAAAAAGUUCGAUUGGAUCACACACCUGCAUUUUCUCUAGGUGGACGUCACAUACAGCAAAAGGUAAGUGAUACACCAGCACCGGGGGACUACUGUCCAGAAAAAGUUAGACUGGAUCACACUCCGGCUUUUACAAUGGCUGGCAAACAUAACCUAAAGAUAUCAAGUGAUACUCCAGCACCGGGCGAUUAUAGUCCAGAAAAAGUACGUUUAGACCAUAAUCCGGCAUUUACAAUGGCUGGCAAGCAUAACCCAAAAGUAGAAAGUGACACUCCAGCACCUGGUGAUUAUUGUCCAGAAAAGGUUAGAUUGGAUCACACACCCGCUUUCACAAUGGCUGGUAAAUAUAAUUUUAAAGUAACAAGUGAUACCCCAGCACCAGGCGAUUAUAGUCCAGAAAAAGUACGUUUAGACCAUAAUCCGGCAUUUACAAUGGCUGGUAAGCACAAUCCAAAAAUCACCAGUGAUACACCAGCCCCUGGAGAUUACUGCCCUGAAAAAGUACGUAUGGAUCACACACCAGCUUUUACAAUGGCCGGCAAGCACAAUCCGAAAGUAACAAGUGAUACUCCAGCACCUGGUGAUUAUUGUCCAGAAAAGGUUAGAUUGGAUCACACACCUGCUUUCACAAUGGCCGGCAAGCACAAUCCCAAAGUAACAAGUGACACUCCAGCACCAGGCGAUUACUGUCCAGAAAAAGUACGUUUAGACCAUAAUCCGGCAUUUACAAUGGCUGGUAAGCACAAUCCAAAAAUCACCAGUGAUACACCAGCCCCUGGAGAUUACUGCCCUGAAAAAGUACGUAUGGAUCACACACCAGCUUUUACAAUGGCCGGCAAGCAUAAUCCCAAAGUAACAAGUGAUACUCCAGCACCUGGUGAUUAUUGUCCAGAAAAGGUUAGAUUGGAUCACACACCAGCUUUCACAAUGGCCGGCAAGCAUAACCCUAAGAUAUCGAGUGAUACCCCAGCACCUGGCGAUUACAGCCCUGAGAAAGUGCGUUUGGAUCAUAAUCCAGCAUUCACAAUGGCUGGCAAGCACAACCAAAAAAUAUCAAGUGAUACUCCAGCACCUGGUGAUUAUUGUCCUGAAAAGGUGCGUUUGGACCAUACACCCUCUUACACAAUGGCUGGUAAAUAUAGCUCUAAGAUGACAAGUGAUACUCCAGCACCAGGUGAUUAUUGUCCGGAAAGAGUAAGAUUGGAUCAUACACCAGCAUACACAAUGGCUGGUAAAUAUAAUUUUAAAAUAUCAAAUGACACUCCAGCUCCAGGUGAUUACAGUCCAGAAAAAGUACGCUUAGAUCAUAAUCCAGCAUUUACAAUGGGCAGCAAGCAUAAUCCAAAAAUCACCAGUGAUACACCAGCCCCUGGGGACUACUGUCCUGAAAAAGUACGUAUGGAUCACACACCAGCUUUUACAAUGGCCGGCAAGCACAAUCCCAAAGUAACAAGCGAUACUCCAGCACCUGGGGAUUACUGUCCAGAAAAGGUUAGAUUGGAUCACACGCCAGCUUUCACAAUGGCUGGCAAGCAUAAUUUUAAAGUAACAAGUGAUACCCCAGCACCCGGCGAUUAUAGUCCAGAAAAAGUACGUUUAGACCAUAAUCCGGCAUUUACAAUGGCUGGUAAGCACAAUCCAAAAAUCGCCAGUGAUACACCAGCACCAGGAGAUUACUGUCCUGAAAAAGUACGUUUGGAUCACACACCAGCUUUUACAAUGGCCGGCAAGCACAAUCCCAAAGUAGCAAAUGAUACUCCAGCACCUGGCGACUACUGUCCAGAAAAAGUGCGGUUGGACCAUAUACCAGCUUUUACUCUUGCUGGUCGCCAUAAUUUGCAAAAACCAAGUGACACCCCAGCCCCAGGAGCCUAUUGUCCCGAAAAAACACGCCUCGAUCAUACUCCAGCUUUUACAAUGGCAGGCAAGCACAAUCCAAAAAUCGCCAGUGAUACUCCAGCCCCUGGUGAUUAUGCACCUGAGAAAGUAAAACUUGAUCAUACACCAGCUUUCACAAUAGCGGGUAGAUAUGAAGUACAGAGAUCAAGUGACACACCUGCCCCGGGUGCAUACUCUCCAGAAAAAGUGCGUUUAGACCACACACCUGCUUUUACCAUUGCUGGCAAAAACAUCAUUCAAAAAACUAGUGACACGCCUGCACCUAGCGCUUAUGCACCUGAGAAUUGCAAACUUGACUAUGCACCUGCUUUUACCAUGACCGGACGCCAUGAAAUUAAAUCAUCUAGCUUUACACCAGCACCGGGUGACUACAGUCCUGAAAAAGUGCGCUUAGAUCACACACCCGCUUUUACAAUUGCUGGAAAGCAUGACAUGAAAAUUACUAAUGACACGCCGGCACCAGGUGCUUAUAGCCCCGAGAAGAUACGUUUAGAUCAUAUCCCAGCUUAUACAAUUACAGGCCGCACAACUGUAGAGCGCAUAAGUCACACUCCUGCGCCUGGUGAUUACAAACCAGAACAAUGCAAUCUUGAUCAUACACCAGCUUAUACAUUCGGUAUGAAAGUAAACACCACGAUGCGCAGUGAAUCACCAGCUCCGGGACACUACCAGCCAGAAAAGGUGAAUUUAGAUCAUGGACCAGCAUUCACAUUCGGCUUGAAGGUUAAUCGUGAUCACGUCAGUGAUACACCAGCACCCACAGCAUAUGAACCAGAAAAACAUACACUCGAACACACGCCUGCUUACACUUUUGGUACCAGGACCGAAACUAAACUCACCACAAUUGCACCAGCACCUGGACAUUAUCGUCCUGAAAACUGCAAAUUGGAUCAUUCGCCAGCUUUUAGCUUUGGUCUCAAAACAAUACCAAUGCCAGCGCUUCCAAAGGGUGCUUAUGUAGAAGACCGAAUUUUGCAAAGACGUGAAAGACGCUUAGCAAGUCCCGUUCGUAUCAAUCAAAUGCAAGUUAAUGAUGCAAAUUUGAACAACACGACUACAACAACAACGACGGUCACUGUUACAGAAGUUAGUGCCACAAAUGGUAAUGAGACCCCAAAGAGCACAACAGUAACGAAAACAACAAAAACUAUUAACGGUGACCAAGUUGUUGAGAAAGUCAAAAACAAAAAACAUAACACAAACAACAAAAUCACAAAAAAGUUAACAAAUGGCACUUCCAACACCCCAAAUGGCCACAGUCAACAGAUCACCAAGACCACAACGCGCACAAUUGACAGCAUCGACAAUGGCAAUAGUGUUGCUAGAAUUGGUGGCGACGGUGUCACAACAAAGAUCGUCACCACUACCGUGCGUACUAUAGCUAAUGGUGUCAUAGAAAACGGUAAUAGUAAGUGUAUUGCAAAUGGUGUUGCCGAUGCAACUGCCACAAAUGCUGCCGCGAAUACAACAAAAACUGUGGUAACAUCAGAUGGCGCUACUGUUACCACUACAAAGUCAGAGAAAAUGACAACAAUGAAGUACGCCGUAGAAGCCAGUACGGUACAAGAAAAAUUAAUCAGCUCCUAAUGUCUAUAAGAUCCCUACCGUUUUGGGCAGCAGCAAAGAGGGCACAAUACGUUCUGCUCCAGCAUUUUCAAUGGCUGGUC